AUGACUAUUCUUUCUCUGCUGCCAACAAACUAUUCAGGUUUCCUUCUCCAAGGUGCCCCUUUUCAUCAAUCAAAGUUUCCAUCGAGAAUUGGUUAUCAUCACAGAGAUGGUUCCGUUACACCACAAAUGAUUUGUAAAGCCAACAGAACAGGAAAAUAUUCAAACAAUAUUAGCACCAAGUUCGUGACGUCUGCGACGUCUGCUUCAAGAAACGACCAGCAGUAUAUAAGCUAUGAUGAUUCGCUCGAGGAGCCCGUUUUGCUAACAUUGAUAAAAGAAUCCUUAUGGGGUUUAAGGUCUUUAUUUGUGUUUUUAAUCGAGCAACCUAGUCAACUGAAGUAUAUAGAGUGGCCAAGCUUUAGUAACACGCUGAGGACCGCGACACUGACACUUGUUAUUGUGGCGUUUCUUCUUGUUGCAUUAUCGUCGGUUGAUUCGGCUCUCAGCUACCUUUUGAAUUUAGCUCUUCGGAAGAGCACAUAA